AUGGCCACCAACGGCGAGAAGAACGGCGUGAGCGGCGAGAGACCUCGCAUGCCGCCAGUCUAUAUUGUCGCUGCUGCUCGAACGCCGGUUGGCAUGUUUCUGGGGUCACUUUCGUCGCUCACUGCUCCUCAACUCGGAGCGCAUGCCAUAAAAUCUGCUUUAGAAAGAGUACCAGAGAUCAAGCCCUCAGACGUGCAAGAGGUCUUCUUCGGCAAUGUCUUGUCCGCAAACGUGGGCCAAAACCCUGCACGUCAAUGCGCCCUGGGUGCCGGCCUCGAGAACACCACCGUCUGCACCACCGUGAACAAGGUUUGCGCCUCCGGCGUCAAAGCCAUCAUACUCGGUGCCCAGACCAUCAUGACCGGCAAUGCGGACAUCAUCGUUGCAGGUGGCGCCGAGUCAAUGUCCAACGCACCCCACUACCUUCCCACCAUGCGAACCGGCGCCAAGUUCGGCAAUCAGACUCUCGUUGACGGCGUUCUGCGUGACGGCCUGUCAGAUGCCUACGGCAAGCAAGAGCACAUGGGUCUCCAGGGAGAGGAAUGUGCGUCAGAUCACGGCUUCAAUCGGGAGCAGCAGGACGAGUUUGCAAUUCAGUCGUACCAGCGAGCACAGGCUGCACAGAAGCAAGGACUAUUCGACUUCGAGAUCGCACCCAUCGAGAUCCCAGGCGCGCGAGGCAAGCCGGGCGUCACGGUGGACAAGGACGACGAGCCCAAGAACCUGAACGUCGACAAGCUCAAAUCGAUCAAACCCGCUUUCAUUCCCAACAAUGGCACCGUCACAGCACCCAAUGCAUCCCCGCUCAGCGACGGCGGCGCCGCGGUCGUACUCGUCUCUGAAGAGAAGCUGCACGAGCUCAAGAUCAAGCCUCUGGCCAAGAUACUGGGAUGGGGCGAUGCAGAGCAGCAACCCAGCAAAUUCACGACGAGUCCCGCGCUGGCGAUCCCGAAGGCACUCAAGCACGCCGGUGUGAAGCAGGAGGACGUGGAUGUGUUCGAGAUCAACGAGGCCUUCUCCGUGGUAGCCCUCGCAAAUAUGAAGCUGCUAGGGCUGAAGGACGACAAGGUCAACAUCCACGGCGGCGCUGUGGCGAUCGGUCAUCCCCUAGGUGCCAGUGGUGCGCGAAUCGUGACGACGCUGUUGGGCGCGUUGAAAGCGACCAAGGGCAAGGUUGGCGUCGCGGGCAUCUGCAAUGGCGGCGGAGGCGCUAGUGCGUUGGUGAUAGAGAGUCUGCUGUAG